AUGAUAGAGUCUGAACGACUUAGUUUCAUUCGACACAACCAACCAAAAUUAAGAGUUGACAAGUACAAUGCACUACAUGAGUCGUUAGUUCGAGGAGAAGCUAUUGUCGUUGCAACUGGUCAAAGGAUUAUCCUACCAAGUAGCUUCACAGGUGGUCCGAGGUACAUGUUUAACAACUACAAAGAUGCUUUUGCAAUAUGCAAGUAUGCGGGGUACCCCAGUUUUUUUAUUACAAUAACAUACAAUUCUGAGUGGGAUGAGAUCAAACGUCUUUUAAAGGAUAUUUGCACCGUAACAUUUCAAAAGAGGGGGCUUCUACAUGCACACAUCCUGUUGUUCAUGCACUCGUUAUACAAGCCUAAGUCACCCGAGGAUAUUGAUAGGCUUAUUUCAGUUGAGAUUCCAGAUAAACUUACAAGGCCAAAAUUAUAUGCAACUGUUGAGAAGUUCAUGGUCUAUGGCCUGUGUGGUAGGUAUAACAAUAACAGCCCUUGCAUGUCAAAUGGACGGUGCUCAAAGUAUUACCCCAAGCCCUUUAGAGCAAGGAAAAUAGUUGAUGAAGCUGGAUUUCCGAAGUACAGAAGGUCAAACAAUGGGAUGACAAUCGUGAAGAAGAAUGUAGUGCUUGAUAGUUCAUACGGCAAUGAUCGGGUAACUGCUUCUUUCUACCAAACCAAUGCAGAAGAAAAAAGUGAACAAGUCAUUGAUGAGAUACGUAAUUACUACGACUACCGAUACAUCUCAGCGUGCGAAGCAGCUUGGCGAAUAUUUGGGUAUGAUAUCCAACAAAAAGAACCUUCCGUUAUUCGACUACCGUUCCACCUGCCCAAUGAACACCCUGUUGUGUUUAAAGACAAUGAGAACAUAGUUGAUGUAAUUGAAAGGGUUGAUGGGAAGCUAACGAAAUUCUUGGCAUGGAUGCUUACUAAUAAAUUAUAUCCUUUUGGUCGUACCCUUACUUAUAGCCAAUUUCCAAAUAAAUUUGUGUGGAAGGAUGACGUAGGUAUGUGGAUGCCAAGGAAACACGGAUAUUCUAUUGGCCGACUAACACAUGUUCCAUGUGGGAAUGGUGAGGAUUAUUACCUAAAAUUGUUGCUUAACAUACAAAAGGGAUGUCUCAGCUUCGUCGAAUUACGUACAGUGGAGGGUGUUGUGUAUGGUACAUUCAAGGAAGCAUGUUAUGUCUUAGGAUUGUUUCAGGAUGAUAAAGAAUUUAUUGACGCUAUCUUUGAAGCAGGCACAUGGGCUUCUGCAAAUUACAUUCGUGACUAUGGUGCUGUUAUUGUCUAA